UUUACAGAAGUAGGACCCAACCCACUCUGUCUGACUGAUAACUCUCUGCUCCAAUCGAUACCAUAAACAUCUUUGGACAGCCUAUAGUGUCGUUGUGAGUGUGUAGCGGCACUCAUUUCAACAGAAUGUAAAAUAAUCCAUACAGUAGCGGGGUUAUUAUCAAUAGUCUACUAUCUGUAUAACGGAGUACAACAGUUUAAACGUGAAUUACUAAGAACAGGGAAUUUGGAUAGUUUGACAUUUUCUUGCGCUGCUGUUUGGAGUGACUACGGUGAGUUUUACGCGUGCCAGAACCGACAUUCCAGAAGUGACAGGCCACGGGACUGGUGCUUUUUUGGAGGCGCUACACGCGAUCCCUGUUAUCAUUCCAGACUACGAAAAGGUGUUGGGCCCCGCCUCUUCAUAGGUGAUGUUUGCCAAGGCAACUGCAAAAUUUGUUCGUCAGAUCGACCCAGAUGGAACCCUGAUCUCGGUCUCCCGCCUUAAUGACUCAGACAAGUUGGUUCCCAUGGCGCUGGUUGUCAAGCGCAACCGUUUCUGGUUUUGGCAACGGCCCAAGUACCUGCCAUCUGACUUCACACUCAGUCACCUGUUGCUAGGAGACAAAGAACUCACUCCAGACGUGUCUGAGUCAGACUUCCUGUCCUAUGAGGGGAGGUUUGGAGACAACCUGAGUGGGAAGCUGGAUGCCAAGGCUGGAUCCAUCAGUGUCAAUGUGGAGGGGCGGAGCUCCUCAAAGCUCCAAUUAUCAUUCGGCAAGCUGAAAAAGGAAGAUGUUGACGUACAGAAGCUACUGCUGGCCUCCAAUGACAGGGUGGUGGACAUGCAGCAUGUGCUGGUGCAGCAGAGUCAGAAGCAUGCAGAGGUGUUUGCUGUGUUGAAGGAGAGGAUCCUGACCACCACCCCCUGCUCCAUCUCAGAACAGGUCCAGGAGCAGGGCACCUGUCAGGGGGUUCUGGGACUACUGGGCAAACUGGGGACACACUCUGUAAAGGUGUGUGUGCAGGAGAAUAGCAGUAUAGAGAUGGACAGUGACGUUUCCUUGGAGAUUCCACCUCUCACCGUCAUCGCCUACAGCCUCAUAGAGCUAGAGGUCAGGAAAGACGGACACUAUGAGCUGUGUCUACAGCAUGGUACUCUUGGAGGAUUCGAGGCAGACUCUGGGAAGACCUCGCCUUCCCAGGAUUCCUUUGAUACCCUGUGUGUUGUGGACGGGCUGGAGUGGGCGGAUGAGAUUCCUGAAGGAGCACCACUCAGCGCACUGCAGAAAAACUUGCAGGACUUGGAGGUCUAUCUACAUCAGUUAGUGGUUCUUCCAGAGUCUACCCGGUCCACUCUGUUCCAGAGACUCUGUGAGGUUCUAGUGGACAGAACCUCACUCACGGUUCUGGAACACACGUUGGAGGGGUUGUGUAGAGGUGAGGACCUUGACCCUACAGAGGUAAAGGAGUUGUCUGUUUCUCAGAUCAAAUCUGUCUCCGCCCUAUCGGACCUGGUCCAGAAAUUCCCACCAAAUGAGAUACAGGCUGAAGGAACCUCCAUCCCCCUCCAUCUGACUGCCACUCACCUGCUGGUUAGCGCCUUGGAGGCGUUGCCUGAUGCUACUCUGACUCUGCUGGGAGAAUCUAGCCCUGAUGUCCUGGAAGCCCUCAAUACUCUGCUAAAGGUAAAUGGUCAGUCCCUCCCCUUUGAGUCACUGCCCCUCCCCUUGCAGGAAGAGGGGGCAUUCCAUUGGGCAGAGCAGCUCCUCCUCUCCUCCAAUGUGAUGCUGCGGAGAGAGACUGACAGGCUGUGGGCAGAGACUGGAAAAAAGCCAGGAGUGUUUCCAUUGGUCAUGUGCAUCGCUGUGCAAGGACUUACAUCUCUGUACACUGGGAAGGGGUAGGAUGUGUGUGCAUGGAUCAGUAUGUUUCAAAUAUUACAUUUUGUGUGAAACUCCAGUGUUUCACCUGUGUGCUUUCCAAAUAUGCACUCAAUGAAUUCUGUAUUUUUGGUGGCACUAACAUUUUUUUUUUUACAAACUAAUUCUUAAUGUAACUGUUUGAAUUUGAAAAGCUGUAAAAUAAUCCACUCCAGAAUAUGAAGUAAGACUUGUGUUUGAUAAACACUUUUCAAAAGCUGGACAAGCAGACUUCACCUUACUGUGUUUGGAAAGAAACGCCUCAAUCUCAAUACACUAAAAUGUUGCUCUGACACCCUAGUAUUUCACGAAACCUUUACAUUCUUUCUGCAUGCUCAUACAGAUAAAACGUGUAUACAGAAGAUUUUGUUAUUUCAAAAGAGAAAUGUACAGUAUAUGCUUAUUUUAAUAUAUAAUGUUGCUUAAAUGCCAUUUUAAGCUAUAUGUAACCUACAGUACCAGUCAAAUGUUGACACACCUACUCAUUCAAGGGUUUUUCUUUAUUUGUAUAUUUUCUACAUUGUAUAAUAAUAGUGAAGACAUCAAAACAAUUAAAUAACACAUAUAGAAUCAUGUAGUAACCAAAAAAGUGUUAAAUUAAUUCUUCAGAGUAGUCACCCUUUGCCUUGAUGACAGCUUUGCACACUCUUGGCAUUCUCUCAACCAGCUUCACCUGGAAUGAUUUUCCAACAGUCUUGAAGGAGUUCCCACAUAUUCUGAGCACUUGUUGGCUGCUUUUCUUUCACUCUGCGGUCCAACUCAUUCCAAACCAUCUCAAUUGGGUUGAGGUUGAGUGAUUGUGGAGGCCAGGUCAUCUGAUGCAGCACUCCAUCAUUCUCCUUCUUGUUCAAAUAGCCCUUAAACAGCCUGGAGGAGUGUUGUUUCAUUGUCCUGUUGGAAAACAAAUGAUAGUCCCACUAAGCGCUAACCAGAUGGAAUGGUGUAUCGCUGCAGAAUGCUGUGGUAGCCAUGCUGGUUGUGUGCUUUGAAUUCUAAAUAAUCACUGACAGUGUCACCAGCAAAGCAACAUCACACCUCCUCCUCCAUGUUUCACGGUGGGAACCACACAUGCGGAGAUCAUCCAUUCACCUACUCUGCAUCUCAAAAUGAAAUGGCGGUUGGAACCAAAAAUAUCAAAUAUCAAAGGACAGAUUUCCACCAGUCUAAUGUCCAUUGCUCGUGUUUCUUGGCCCAAGCAAGUCUCUUCUUCUUUUUGGUGGACUUCAGUAGUGGUUUCUUUGUAGCAAUUCGACCAUGAAGGCCUGAUUCACACAGUCUCCUCUGAACAGUUGAUGUUGAGAUGUGUCUGUUACUUGAACUCUGUGAAGCAUUUAUUUGGGCUGCAAUUUGAGGUGCAGUUAACUCUAAUGAACGUAUCCUCUGCAGUAGAGGUGACUCUUCCUUUCCUGUGGUGGUCCUCAUGAGAGACAGUUUCAUCAUAGCACUUGCUGGUUUUUGCCACUGCACUUGAAACUUUCAGUUCUUGACAUUUUCCAGAUUGACUGACCAUGUCUUAAAGUAAUGAUGGACUGUUAUUUAUCUUUGCUUAUUUGAGAUGUUCCUGCCAUAAUAUGGACUUGGGUCUUUUACCAAAUAGAGGUAUCUUCUGUAUGCCAACCCUACCUUGUCAUAACACAACUGAUUGGCUCAAACGCAAUAAGGAAAGACAUUCCACAAAUGAACUUUUAACAAGGCACACGUGUUAAUUGAAAUUCAUUCCAGGUGACUACCUCAUGAAGCUGUUGGAGAGAAUGCCAAGAGUGUGCUAAGCUGUCAUCAAGGCAAAGGGUGGCUACUUUGAAGAAUCUCAAAAUAAAAUGUAUUUUUUGAUUUGUUUAACACUUUUUUGAUUACUACAUGAUUCCAUAUGUGUUAUUUCAUAGUGUUGAUGUCUUCACUAUUAGUCUACAAUG